GGGAGAAGUGGGCGGGGCCUAAGAGCAGAGGGGAGAUCGGUGGUCGGAGCAGCGGGAGACACCGGGAUGAACCACAAGAGUAAAAAGCGGAUCAAGGAGGCGAAGCGCAGCGCCCGGCCGGAGCUGAAGGACUCCCAGGACUGGAGCCGCCACAACUAUGCCGAGGUGUACGGGCUGAGCCCCGGCAGCGUGCGGGAUAAUGUCGAGCGCGUUGACACCCUGCAGCUCACACCAGAAGAAUUCAUUGAGCGCUUUGAGAAACCCUACAAGCCGGUGGUGAUCCUCAAUGCCACGCUAGGGUGGCCCGCCCAUGAGAAAUGGACCAUAGAAAGACUCAAACGCAAAUACCGCAACCAGAAGUUCAAGUGCGGAGAAGACAACGAUGGCUAUUCUGUGAAGAUGAAGAUGAAAUAUUACCUUGAGUACAUGGAAGGGACCCGGGAUGACAGUCCCUUGUACAUCUUUGACAGCAGCUACGGGGAGCACCCUAAACGGCGGAAAUUGCUGGAGGAUUACGACGUGCCAAAAUAUUUUCAAGAUGACCUUUUUCAAUUCGCAGGAGAGAAAAGGCGACCACCGUACAGAUGGUUUGUGAUGGGGCCUCCCCGCUCCGGAACAGGAAUUCACAUUGACCCAUUAGGAACCAGUGCAUGGAACUCUCUGGUCCAUGGACACAAGCGCUGGUGCCUCUUUCCCACCAAUACUCCACGUGAGCUCAUCAAGGUGACAAGAGAAGAAGGAGGUAACCAGCAGGACGAGGCCAUCACUUGGUUUAACGUGAUCUAUCCCCGUACAUUGCUGCCCACUUGGCCUGCUGAGUUUAAGCCUUUAGAGAUCCUGCAGAAGUCGGGAGAAACUGUGUUUGUACCAGGAGGCUGGUGGCACGUUGUGCUGAACUUGGACACGGCUAUCGCCAUCACCCAGAACUUCGCCAGUUGUACAAACUUCCCGGUGGUUUGGCACAAGACAGUGAGAGGGAGGCCCAAACUGUCCAGAAAGUGGUAUAGAAUCUUGAAGCAGGAGCGCCCCGAGCUGGCUGCAUUGGCUGACACUGUAGAUUUACAGGAAUCAACCGGGAUUGCAUCUGACUCUUCAAGUGACUCAUCCAGCUCCUCGUCCUCCAGCUCUUCAGAAUCUGGAUCAGAGGACGACUCCAGCUCUGGAGCGGAGACUAUGUCACACCGGAAGAAGAAGAGGAGAACAUGCAGUGGUAUGGGGAAUGGAGACAGCACCACACAGGAUGACUGUGUGAGCAAAGAACGCAGCUCCUCCAGGUGACAGCUAGGUCACAGUCCUGCAUUCAGGGACAGAAAUGGCUCCUGCACAUGAUCUAAAGGAGAUGGUUUCUUUGUUCUUGUUUCUCUUAUCUGCUGCUAGGAAUUUACAGAACGAGCCCAGUACCACCAUUUUAUAUAGUACAUUACACACAAAGACAUUACUGGUAUGAAUACUAACUUCUGUGCACUUCUGAAAUUAGGACUGGCGGUUGUCGAGAAGCCGCAGAUGGCCUUUACUGGAUCAAGAAGGCUAGCAAUGCUUCUUGGGGAAACAUCUGCAUUGAGCAUGCUCAGGAUGGCACAUAGAUUUGAAAGCCCCACAAGAAAAUGAAGUAUCCAUGAUUUCACAAUGUCUAUCGUGUGGCUCACUUCCAAUAACUAGUUCAGUGGUGUUAACUCCAGCUCCUGCAACAAAUGAGGUCUGUGCAGGUUGAAGCUACCACUUGACCUGUUUCAUUGACCUUCUAACGGCACAUUUAUGAUUUCUUAGCGCAUUCUGCAAGGUUUUCUGACUCCAUUUUUGAUUACAAUAACCCUUGGCAUCCUAGAUCUCUGCUGUGGUCACCCACUGACUGCAGCAACGUUUGCAAGGCAAUAGCCUGAGGAAACGUUGGCACAAAUAGUACUUAUAAACCUAGCUGAGCCUGUACAAUUUUUAUGCCCCCCCCCCCUUUCCUUUUAAUAGACUACCUAGCAUUGGUGGGGGUCCAGGUGCCAAGACCCUGAGUACUUCUGCCCCUUUGUAUUAGUGAUCAUUGGGAGGCUUGGCAGCCCACCCCUCACUGAUAAAAACUUCUGACUCGUCACUAAGGCAUGCCAAGUUAUUUAAUAAGAUGGGUACCCUUCAAGGUCAGCAAUAGUAUAUGUUUUGGUGUGGACAUCAAUGACUUGCCUGUCCCUGGUCUUUAAGAUGAUUAGAAGAUGUUAAAGUCCCUUCCCAAAUGUCCAAUCUCUUGGCUUUCAUUCUUGAGAUGUAAUACCACAAAUGUUCUCACUUAGUUCUUUUUUUAGAUCAGUUUGAACAUUUUUACUACGUCUUUUCAUAAUGAACACAAAAUUUCAAAAAUCUAAUCAGAAGAGUUCAAUAGACUUCCAUUAGUAGGCUGUACAUGAAUCUGAUCUGUGGGAAAACACAUGAUGGCACAUACGGGUCUUAGUACUGAUUAUGAUGGAAAGCAUUCAUAGGCUCUUUUAUUGGAGAGAAGGCUGUGUGAUUGAGGCUUGACCAUUAAAAUCAGCAAUGGGCCCACCACGUUCUCGAGGUUGUAGCUCAUGGACCUCUACCGACCAUGAUCAUAGGACCCUGCAGUUACUUUGGGUACUUCUUUCCACUGAAAAUCUCCAAAACCUUGUCUACAGAUGACUACUCAUCUACCUACUUAGACCACAGGACAGUGUCGUACCCCUUCCACAUUAUAUCUAAUUUCGUGAAUGUCGACCACACCCGCCAAUUUUGAUUAGAACAGCCGUCAGCCAACCAUCUAAUCUAUUUAGGGGUGUCUUCCCAUUGAGGACACAAGCAUGCCAGUCCAACAUCAUGCAUGUUUAUGGAAGCAGGUUGUGAGGAACUAGCUGUGUUCAGCCAACCUUUGCCUUUAAGCUUCUGUAUUUUACUGAAGAUUGUAUUAGUACAGGAGAGAUUAGAGGCACAGACAGGCUCAGGCUACAGUCACUAUAUAUACUGUAUAUAGCCACUAUCUCCUAUUUUCAUGGUCUGCUAAUGAAGAAGAUUCCCCUUUCAUUUUUGGAAUCGCUUAUUGCUGAUCAUAAAGCGGUGACUUAUUGACGAAGAUAUCUUGACUAGGAUCCUUGAUGUAAUGCCACCUCCAUGUAGGCAAAGCAGAUUUACAUAGAAUUUUAUAUAGCAUGGAAGUUAAAGGGGUUGUCCCACUAAUGCAGCUUACCUCCUAUCCACUGGAUAGGAGAUAAGUGUCUGAUUGAUGGGGUUCCAACUGCUGGGGCCCCCACCGAUCACGAGAAUGGGGGCCUAUACUUCCCAGUCUGAAUGGAGCAGCGGUCAAGGAUGUGGGCUGCCAGAGAGAGCUGAGUACAAGCAAUUGGCUAUCUCCGGCAGUCCCAUAUAGCUGAAUGGAGUGACAAGCGCAUGCGUGUCUGCCGCUCCAUUCAGACAGGAGCUCAGGCCCCCUGUUCUCAUGAUCGGCGGGGGCCUGAGUGUUCGGACCCGUGUUGAUCAGACACUUAUCCCCUAUACUGUGAAUGCCUUAAUGGGACAACCCCUUUAAUCACAUAUUUUCUAUUUUAAAAUACGUUGGCAAAGUUUUUUAGACUCCAUUUUAUGGUUAUAUUAUAUCUAGUUAGUCCGUGGCGUACUGAUCUAUCAGCAAGAUUCACAUCCAGUCAUGCCUUGAAGUGUAUAUGGGUUUAGAAUAUUGUGAUGAAGAGUACCAAGGGUUUUCUGCCACCUACAUUUUUCUUCUGUCAUGCCAAGGGAUGUAUAAUAGAUAGCUGGAAGGAAAAAUAAAAACUGCACCACUCUUGUCUUGUGGCAGUGUCCGGUAUUUCAGUUCAGUCUAUGGACAAAUGUUUUGCGGUUUCAUACACCCCCCCCCCUAAAUAACCUAUAAGGACGGAAGAGCCUGAUCUACUGACCUGGUUCAGCACAUCAUAUACCGGUUUUGUAUUUUUUUAUAUGUUUGUUAGCCCAUUUACUUAUGGGACAGUGCGCAUUAGACCAUACCGUGCUCUUAUGCUUGGCAUACAGAGUGAAUUUCAUUCUCCGGCUGCAGCUUUGAAGUGAUCUAAUUAAUAAUUCCUCAAGAAAUCCAGAACAUUAAAUAUACAGAUUCAACCUAGUACCCUCCAGGAGUGAGGAAUGAAGAAAUAAUUUUGCUGCGAUUGCAUAGUCCCAGAGAUGUCCCUGAGCAGCCAAAUGAUCCCAACCGAAAUGAGCCUCAGCCGCGGGUGUCUUCAUUAAUUAUAUCAACGUAGGAGAAAUGUGUAUUUUAGAACUACAGUCUGUGAUCACGGUUAAUUUAAAAUCCCUUCCCUUUUUAAUUUGUAUUUAGUUUUUUAAUAAUAUUUUCUAACAAAAAAUAAAAUUUGCGUUUAAACUGUGU